AUGGAGACAUUGUCAACGCUAGCUACUUUUGCGACCGGGUUCGACAUAGAGAACACAACCGCGACGCUCAACGCAACGAAUAUUAGUACAAUCGCGCCCGCCGUGUCUUCGGCGCCGAAGGGGAAGGUGUUUGGAGUGGUCCUGAAAGUGGUGUAUGCGAUAGGUAUAAUCGGAAAUGCAGCAGCGAUCAUAGCGCUGCGGCGCGGCGAGAGGAGAGUCAGGAACCGAAAGCAUCUGCUGCUGCUGACGUCACUGGCUGCGAAUGAUCUUGUUGCUUUGGUGGGCAUGAUGCUGGCCAUGGUACUGGCAGAGCACGUGCCGGGCGUGCGCGACACGCGGCUGCACUGCGCCGCGCGCGUCGUGCUGCGCGUGUUCGGCGUCGGCAGCGUCUGCAUCGCCGUCACCAUGGCACUCGAGCGGUACCUCGCACUCACCAGGCCCUUCCUCUACCAAAAGCAAGUGACAUACUAUGUGAUCCGCACGGCGCUGCUCGUGUCGUGGUUUUGGGCGGCCAUACUGACGUGCGCACCGGUCUUCGGCCUGGGGCUCUAUUAUGACGAGAAACAGGGCCGCUGCUUGCGGUACAGGGAGGCUGUGACCACCACGGACUUUAUUUAUGCUGUGUUCUAUGUCAUUUUUGGCACGCUGCUGUGCGUGAUCCUGGUGUACUGCAACCUGGCGGUGAUCCGUGCGCUGUACGCGAUCACGGCGCCGCGGGCGGGAGGCGCGCCCGUAGUGCGGCGCGUGUCCAAGAGCAGCUGCCGCCAGCGACAGCGCAGCCUCAACUCCGGCACCAAUCUGCACGCCAUGCACCACAACGCCGCCACCGCCGAGGAGGUCGCCUUCAGUCGGCUGAUGGCGACGCUCUCCGUGCUCUUCAUGAUAUGCUGGCUGCCGCAGAUGGUAACGUCAGCGCUUUACCUAUCGCUGCACCCGAGCAAGUGGAUCCGCCUGAGUCCGCUGGCGAACUUGUCUGAUGUGCUGAUGCUGCUCAACUACGUGCUGGAUCCGAUCCUGUACGUGCUGAUGCGCCAGCGGCGGCAGCUCUCCCUCACUACGCUCUGCCACUCCAUCGCACACUGCUUCAAGCGGAAUCACAAAACGUCAACAGAGUCGAUGUCUAUAAAGACGUCGUGCUGCCCGCAGGAGACACUGGUGGUGAGCGACAGCUCGGGCGCGGAGAUGAAGCCGCUGCGACCGAUGUUGCACCCCGCCACCAUCACCCCCGCCACUAUACUCCACAUCCACGACUGACCCACCGCACGCUUCUAACUGCACUCGAAGGCGCGAGCGGAACAGUUCCCGCGCUUUAACCAAAGACAAUUCACUUUACGGCGAGGGACACGCACCGGUCUACUUACAGUUAUUAUUUUUGUAAAUAGUUUAGUGGUUAUAGAUGUAAGACGCAACCCUCUCUAUGUACGAUUACCUGCAGAAAUAUUAAAUAUGAUAAUUUUUAUUAGAAACGUGACAUCUGGUGAUGACAAUAUUUUUUGUUUUAUACAUUUUGUAGUGUAAUUAAAUGUUAUUUUUGUUUGAUAUUGUGAAACAUUCUAGUCUCAAUAUAAAAUAGUCGUAUGAGAAUUCAGUCAGAUUUUAUACAUACAUACAUACUAUUAUACGUUUUAUAUGUGUACAAUGUAUCUAAUAAGAGAUAAUAAUAUAAGUACUGUAAAUAGAACAUACAUGUAGACAUUUUUAUGUUACAAUCACAAAUCUUCAAAGGUUUUAAAAAUGUAUAUCAACAUAAACCUAUGUAAAAUUUGUGGCGUAAAACAUAAUAUUAUGAUCCAAAAAUCCGAGUUACAUAUAUGUAUGUAUGUAUCUACGUUGUAUUAAUCAAAAGAAGCGUCAGAAGGAAUUGACAUUGAAAUGCUUUUUAUACAAAAUCUAUUUUUAUAUAAUAAUUAGGGACAAUCUAAACGACGCCUCAUGUUCUGUGGGCUGAACAGGAAAGAAAUAUUGUGUGGACCAAUAAAAAGCUAAAGAUGUAAUGAUUGUCCAUUGAAAUCAUAUCGUGUUGUCAUAUUAUUAUUAAGUCGAUGUGUCGCAUCAUUAGACAUAAUAUAAAUACUCAUAUUGUAUGAGCAUUGAACAUACCACAGAACAUUCAUGUUAUUGACUAAAUAAAAAAGGAAAAUAAA